AUGGACUUCAUCAAGAAAGUGGCCAAGUCGGGCAGCGCUGACAAGGGCGCCAGCGGUGAUCAGGCUGCUGCGGGCAACCAGGACUACGCUGACAAGGCCUUCGACUUUGCCAGCAAGAAGUCGGGACAUAACAUUGAUCGCAACACACAAGAGAAGAUCACGGACGGCGGACGAUCUGCCUAUGAAAAGGCGACGGGUUCCAAAGUGUCGGACAAGAUCUCGAACUGA